AUGGGUGGAAAGGGACGAAAGAGAAGAGAAAAGAAUUACAAGGCAGCCCAUGGAGGUCAGACUGGACUUCCACCACCGCCGGACCGCUCCGCUCUCGACGCCGUCCCCUCUAAACUCCGUAAACUCAUGUCUUUCACCGGAUUAGAUGGUAGGAAGGGAUCAACUAACGGUGCAGAUAAGAAUAGAGUAGACAGAGGCAGAGUUGACAAGAGGAGUCAUUCAGAGGGUAAAGAGGGAUCCAAAAUUGACAGGACAACAAAAGAGGAUGAAAACUCAACGGUAAAACUAUCUGAUGAUUACGAUGAGGAGCAUGCUGAAAGCAGCAUGCAUGAAAAGAAAAGGAAGAAGAGAAAAAGAAAACUUAUCAGUGACCUAAGGUUUGAACAAUUGGAUGAAUUGGGAGGUACUGGAUCCAAAAGGAAAGAGCGUAGGAAACAGCGAUUGGAAGAAAUGAAAAAGAAACGCAAAAAGACAAAGGACGUGGAGAACGAAGACUUCCAAGCCCGUGAUAAUGUGAAAUUUGGAGAAGUUGUUGAAGCUCCGCCAAAGCUUGUUGCAGUUCCUAAGGCAUUCAAGACUGUUCAAGGCGCAUCACAAGAAAGACUGCGUUUACAGGCAAUCGAAGCCUACAGGAAUCGGAAAGGAUGGGUAUCAAGGCCAGGAGUUGCACUUCCUCCAACUGCAAUCAUGUCACAAGACUCAUAA